AACGUAACUUUUUCUUUGUUUCAGAUUGAAGUGAGUGAAUUCAGAUAUAUAACCAAACCUCGUUAGAGAGCCUUUAAAAAUAUAAAAAGUUGAUUCGGUGCAUGAGAGCAAGUUACUGCUGCUUACUAUUCAGAGACUUACAGGUGCUUGCCUGCAUUGCAAUAAAGGACUCAAUAUUGAGCAAGACUUAUAUUUAUCUCUUCAUUUUGGAGAGCCUAAUAAACUGUAUUACAGUUUCUCUACUGACUUUCAAAAGUUUUGAAGUUUGGAAGAGACAUCUGUACAUUUAAUACAGCAUGAGCACGGCCAGAACAGAGAACCCUGUUAUAAUGGGUCUAUCCAGUCAAAAUGGUCAGCUGAGGGGCCCUGUGAAGCCCAGUGGUGGCCCCGGAGGAGGGGGCACACCAACACAGCAACAGAUGAACCAACUGAAAAACACCAACACAAUCAAUAAUGGCACUCAGCAGCAAGCACAGAGUAUGACCACCACUAUUAAACCUGGUGAUGACUGGAAAAAGACUUUAAAACUCCCUCCAAAAGAUCUAAGAAUCAAAACUUCGGAUGUAACCUCCACAAAAGGAAAUGAGUUUGAAGAUUACUGUUUAAAGCGGGAGUUACUGAUGGGAAUUUUUGAAAUGGGCUGGGAAAAGCCAUCUCCUAUUCAGGAGGAGAGCAUUCCCAUCGCUUUAUCUGGUAGGGAUAUCUUAGCUAGAGCAAAAAAUGGAACGGGCAAGAGUGGUGCCUACCUCAUUCCCUUACUUGAACGGCUAGACCUGAAGAAGGACAAUAUACAAGCAAUGGUGAUUGUUCCUACAAGAGAACUUGCUCUACAGGUCAGUCAAAUUUGCAUCCAGGUCAGCAAACACAUGGGAGGGGCCAAAGUGAUGGCAACCACAGGAGGAACCAAUUUACGUGAUGACAUAAUGAGGCUUGAUGAUACAGUGCACGUGGUAAUAGCUACCCCUGGGAGAAUCCUGGAUCUUAUCAAGAAAGGAGUAGCAAAAGUUGAUCAUGUCCAGAUGAUAGUAUUGGAUGAGGCAGAUAAGUUGCUGUCACAGGAUUUUGUGCAAAUAAUGGAGGAUAUUAUUCUCACGCUACCUAAAAACAGACAGAUUUUAUUGUAUUCCGCUACUUUCCCUCUUAGUGUACAGAAGUUCAUGAAUUCCCAUUUGCAGAAACCCUAUGAGAUUAACCUGAUGGAGGAAUUAACUUUGAAGGGAGUAACCCAGUACUACGCAUAUGUAACUGAGCGCCAAAAAGUACACUGCCUCAACACACUUUUCUCCAGGCUUCAGAUAAACCAGUCGAUCAUUUUCUGUAACUCCUCUCAGCGAGUUGAAUUGCUAGCCAAGAAGAUUUCUCAACUGGGUUAUUCUUGCUUCUAUAUCCAUGCUAAAAUGAGGCAGGAACAUCGAAAUCGUGUCUUUCAUGAUUUCCGAAAUGGCUUAUGCCGCAAUCUUGUUUGCACUGAUUUGUUUACCCGAGGUAUUGAUAUACAAGCUGUGAAUGUGGUAAUAAACUUUGACUUCCCAAAGCUGGCAGAGACCUAUCUCCACCGCAUUGGAAGAUCAGGUCGCUUUGGUCAUCUUGGCUUAGCUAUCAACUUGAUCACAUAUGAUGAUCGCUUCAACCUGAAAAGUAUUGAGGAGCAGCUGGGAACAGAAAUUAAACCUAUCCCAAGCAACAUUGACAAGAGCCUAUAUGUGGCAGAAUACCACAGCGAGCCUGUAGAAGAUGAUAAACCAUAACAAGCAUGUGUGUACCUACAGAAUAGCUAAGCUUUGACAAACUAAAGAAGGCUUGCUUGGAUCUGUGACACAUCAUUUUGGGGGGAUGCUCUUCUCUUGUGGGUUUUUCAUCUUUUAUUUUGGAACUAUGAAGAUUUAAAAGAACUCAGACAUUUUUUCUUUUUUAACUGGUGAAGAGAAAAAAGCUGAAAAGAAGGAAUUUACCUUUUUUGUUCCACUUGUUUGCACUGUGUGCUGACUGAACAUUAGUUGCACUAACUGCUGGAUUUUUAAAAAUGUUUUCUGGGGAAAAGGGGGGACAAGGAAGGAGGAGAAAGAAGAGAAGGGAGAAACCCUAAAAAGAGAAGAAUCUUGAUGAACACACAAGCUUGUCUAUUAUUUCCGAAUUCUCCAACAGCUGACUCUUGUGCAUUUCAACUUCUCCCUGAUGACUCAUCCGUUUUUUAAGCCUGAAGAGCUUAUUACUUAUUUGUGCGAAGUGCCUUAUGCUAUGAGACCAUUCAGAAUAUCAUCUUUUAGACACAGCCCAAGGAAUCAACAAUAGUAAUUCUUUCCUUUUAUUUCUUUUUAAAACUUUUUAUUUCAUUUUGGUUUCACGUUGAAGUCUCUCUCUUCCCUUUCUACCCAGGACUCAAGCCCAGGGCUGAAAGAUGAAACCUAUUAGUAAUGUUACACCAUUUUUUUUCUUUAAGUGGAGGAGUUGAUAUGCAACUGCAGUUCAUCCGCACUGUAAAUACAUGUAUUUAAGAAACAACCACACAAUCCCAAGUAAAAAUUUCUUCUGGGCUGAGUCAAUGCAACAUCAUUGCUCCCAAAGGAAAGAGCGUCUCUGUCAUUGCAGGAGCCAUACGACAAGCCUUUGUGCUCUGUACGGAACACUCAAGACUGGUUCACGUGCGUCUCCAUUCGCAGCUAUGGCACUUGAGGUGCAGCCUGUCAGCCUUGACCCUCUUUCCUCUGGCAAAGCGUGUCCCAUAGAAAACUGGGUGUGUACACUUGUAUAAACUUUGUAAAUAUGUUUUUUUCUGCGUUCAUAUAUAUAUAUAUAUACACACACAUACAUAUAUAUAUAUAUAUAUUUUGUUUGUUUUUGAUGAAGGUUGCUGGGAUUAAGGGGAUUAGAGUGAUUAUGGGAGCAGCUAAGAUGAGAGGGGCUCAGUUUUCCGCAACACUAAAUUCUAGAAAGUACUUUAACCUCUUACUGUGGGGACCCUGUGCUAGGAAAGGGCCCCAGAAGUCUUCACUGUUUGCUGCCACACUGUCUCUAGUAUCUUUAGAGGAGGGAGGCCUGCCAGAGGGAGCAAGGAAACUUCAAAAACCUGUCUCUGAUUGUGCUUUUUUCCCCUUUUUUAAAGUUUGAGAAACUUUUUAAGCUCUGCAAAAGGGGACAAAGAUUAAUUUCAUUGCAGUGUGGAGACUCCCUUGAGUGGCAGUGUUGAGCAGCAUAUGUAUAAAGCGUGACUGCGUUUCACAAUAUUAGCCAGUACCAGCUUCGGUGAGGCUAGCAGUUCUGGGGCUCCCUGUCCUGUGUAAGUGUGUUGCCCUCUGCCCACUUUGAUACGUAAACUUGCAGGAACGGGCAACCCUGAGAGCUGCUGCUUGCCAUGCUUUAGCUUUGUGACGAGAAUUGUCAUGUUUGCAUUGUAAAUUGCUGGCAAAUGCUUUACAGUCAAUAGUGUUGCAUUAAAUUGUGCCCCUCCCAACAUGCUUGAUGUUUGGCCUGAUCUCCAGGCAAAAGGAGUGAGAUGAAUCAAAACCAGUGAACUUUUUUUAAAAAACGUUUUUAAUUCCCUUUUAACCCAGUGUACUAGGUCAAUCAGGAGGCAUCUAGGGUUUAAAACAAAAGGCAAAAUAAAAAUUUUUUUAUUUGAUUUCCAUAUUCCAUUGUUUUUCAAAGCCCUAAAAUAGUACAAGUCCUGCCUAUGUUUUCAUGCUUAACUCAUCUGGAUAAAGAAAUCAGUUACUCAAAGUUUCUUUUUUGACUCUGUCUAGUUCUGAACAAAAAUGAUUUGUGACUCACCCAGAAUUCCUGGAAGAUCAAAAUCCUGCAGAUGCCUCCUGAUCAGACAUAGCCCUAACUCCUUA